AUGGAUGAGACAGGGCCGACUCCGCCGUCGGAAAGGAAAGUCGCUUGCAACGUAUGCCGGAGGCGAAAGACGGCUUGUGACAGAGCACGGCCGAAAUGUAGUCUUUGCACGAAGAACGGCUUGGUUUGCCACUAUGCGGACAAGGAGCGACAUACGCCGGGUCUACGAGCCGGAUAUGUCCAAAGUCUCGAGCAGCGGAUAGAUGGCUUGGAGAGCAGACUCCAACGCCUCGAGUCCCGCGUGCCGACCGAUGGUGUCACGGAUCCCAUGCAGGAUGCCACCAACAGCGAUGGCCCCGAACAUGUGCACCACUUUUAUGCGGACGGAAGGCCAUCGACCCAAGGGUCAGGCUAUUUCGCAGGACCAACCGAGCGUCUGGAAGGCGCAAGCAAUCACGACGAGCACUCAUUCAAUCUAGACCAUAUUGGAGAUCCUUCGCCACAGAAUACCGGCACUCCGACUGACCCUCUCGCGUUUCCGGUCGUUCAGGAGCUCUGUACAGUAUGGUUCCAGAAGUAUCACCGAUGGCUCCCGAUUCUGCAUCGGCCGACAUUCAUGCAGACUUUGGAGUCGGCCGAGAGAGUGAGAUUGUCCAACUACGCGCCUGUGGUGGAAGCCAUCGUCGCAAUCACCCUUCCACACUCCAACGUGAUAUCGGCAUCUGCGUUACACCAAGAGCAUCUGCGAAACCAGCUUAGCUCAUCCGUGGUUCUCCAAUGCAUCGAUAGGCAGUCAGCGCAGUCAGCGCAAGCUCUGCUAAUACUUUCGGUCUUCCACUACGGAGAAGGUAACUUCACACGCUCAUGGAAUAUGCUGGCGAUGGCUCGAAGGAUUAGCGUUCAUCUUGGCCUCACAGCUCCGGGAGACUCAGGUACCGCGUCAAGUCCAACAGCAUUGAGGAGACUGGCAGACUUCACCAAUACCACUGUUACCCAAGAAGAAAGGACACGAGCCUACUGGAUGAGUCAAAUGCUGGAAAGCAUCUCUACCGUCGGGGCACCCUACGAGCUCGCCCUGUCUGCGACCCCUGGGCAUCCGUUGUUGCCCUGCAGCGACACCUUCUGGGACUUUCCGGACGAAGUUAUGAGUGAGCACCAGAUCCGCCCUUACAACUACUGCUCCGCCUUCUCUCUGUGCGUCAUUCUCGCUGCUUCCGAGCUCUCCGUCGUUCAUCAAUUUCUGCGUCGAGCUGUCAACAUGGAGGCUUUCGAAGAGCGGGACGCCUGGCAAAUAGAAGCGCAACGCAUAGACGAGCGACUUACCGCUUGGCGGGACGAGUUCGUGGCAGCUGUCUUCCGUCUGAUAAACGCCGAGUACGCAUCGAGGGAGCGGCCCGAAAUGGACGCCUACGUGGUAUUAACGAACUGCGUCCUCAACACCGCUGUCAUCACCCUACUCCAACGCCGCGCCGCGUGCCCUGAAGGUACCGAUCAGACUGUGGAACCUUGGGCAUUCGCCAACACUCGAUGUGUAUAUGCAGCCGAGAACACCGCUUUCAAGAUCCGGCAAAUGGACGAAGACGAACUGCUGGUCUGCCAUCCACACCUGAUCUUCUCCAUCUUUGUGGCAGCUCGUUUCUACAUCGUGCAUUCCAAGGCUCUGGAUGCGAGUGUCCCAACGAACCUUCACUGCCUGGCAUUCGCGCUGCAUACGUGCGGUAAGACGUGGCCGUUGGCUUGCUACUAUGAAAAGAUUCUUCGCAUUGCGGUGGCUGAAUAUCGUACACCGGUUGUGCUUGCGAGCUUGCCCAGAGUGUUUUAUGAUCUGCGUCAGACUACGUUCGAGAUUGUGGACACUUUGAUUGAGUGGGUGAAAGGACCUGGUGUUGAUGCUGGUGCGGCGAUGCCAGCGGCGAGCGGCCACAACGGCUCAAUGAUCUUUACGCCGAUGACGACCAACCCUCUUACUUGA